AUGGCUGAGCUGGAACCUCAGCAAGCGCGCCGACUUUCGGCUGAUAACCAAACCAUUUCCAAGGCUGAGAUCCCACUGAAGGAACGGUUCUUCCGUUACUUCCAACAUGAAAUUACCGCCCUCCAGCAGCAGAUGGAUCGGCUUGCCGAUACAUCGCUCGUAGCUGGUGAGCGAGCCGAUGCUACUGAUCACUGCCUUGCCGGGAUUGUGCGGCUAUCCAAUGAAGUCAGGGAUUCAGCCAGCUACAUCCCUACUUAUGACCAGAGAGUCUAUGCCGAGGCGAUCAAGGCCUUACAGGAGAAAUUGAACGAAACUAGAGCAGCAUUCGAGCCCCGAGCCAAGUUCAGUUUCAAGACCAAGAAGAACGCCUCGGCAAUCUCUCUGUCCGAUGCUGCUACACUUGCUGCCGAAGGUCGUCGCAGCAUUCCUGGCUACCAUUCGCCUGGUGCAUCGUCAGUCGGCUCUUCAGCCAAUAAUACCCCGAACUACCCCUCAACCCCUUUGAACGAACCGGAUAAACAGCAUCAAGAGAGGCCGGAGAUUGCACCGACUUCCUUCCCGGCCACUUCAGAUGGGGAUACGGAGUCAAAAGCGCCAUCGCAGGCAAAGACAUCACACUCUUUCGCAGCCCAUGGAAUUUCCAACGUUUCCGUUGACAACCACUACGGUCUUCACAUUAUGCUGCCUGCUUCCGGAUCUACUUCUACCGUCCCCGCCUCCAUCACCGCUCUACGGCACUGCAUUGUGGACAUGUCCAUUCCGACUGCAGAUGGCAAGCCCUAUGCUAGUCUGACGGUGAAAAAUAUCGAGGAAAGCUUGUUGAUCUGCGGGCAAGUCAAUGGACCGGCACAUAUCACGGGCAUGGAUCAUAGCGUCAUUGUCGUCUCGUGCCGACAGCUCCGCAUGCACAACUGCAAAGACGUGGAUGUCUACCUCAGCUGCUCGAGUAAUCCAAUCAUCGAGGAUUGCUCUAAUAUCCGAUUCACUCGGAUACCAAAAGCUUAUGCAUUGGACCAUGAUCGCCUUGAUCACGAAGAUCGGUGGAGCCAAGUGGAGGAUUUCAAAUGGAUCAAACCGGAGCCCAGCCCCAAUUGGAGUCUCCUGGAUGCGAGCGAUGCUGUGCCCGAGGAAGUCUGGGCGGAAAUUGUUCCCGGCGGGCCGGGUUGGUCUCUGGAGGAUAUUCUGCAUGCUAUCAAGCUGGUGAAAGCAUGA